UGUUGAUCCCUCCAGCCUGAAGAACAUCCUGUAAUUAAGGUGUUUAUUCUUCUCUUAAUCCCUCCUCCUAAAAACUGCUUCAAAAAUUAUUUCAGACCGAGAAAUUAAAAGAUUAAAAACUUUUCGGAGUGAUGACCGUGUGUGCGCGCGCCUGUGUGCGUCGGGUCGCGCGCUCGCCACUCCGGUUUGAGAGUUGAGAUUUGAAAGUUGGAGCAGCAGAGAGGAUCCGGUUCGGUGGUUCCAGACCGCAGGAAGGUGGAUGAGGAGGAAGGACCUGUGGACACGCUGAGCGCCGAUCGGAGCGAUGGAGGCCGAGGUGUUCAUCCAGGCGGAGGACGCAGACGGCUCCUGGACGCUGCUGUCCCUGCUGGCGUCCGUCGUCAUGGUGUUCGGCGGCGCCCUGCCUUACGUCCCGCAGUACCAGGAGAUCCAGAGGAGCAGCAACACCGAGGGCUUCUCCACCAGGGUGUGCCUGGUCCUGCUUGUAGCCAACAUCCUGCGGAUAUUCUUCUGGAUAGGGAAGCAGUUCGAGGUGACGCUGCUGCUUCAGAGUGUGGUGAUGAUUGUCACCAUGUUCGCCAUGCUGCACCUCUGCUGCUCCGUCCACAGCUCCAACCGGGUCAGCACCAAGCAGCACCGGCUGACAGAUCUGGACGUUCGUUACUUCUGGAAGUGGAGCUCGUUUGAGGAUUACCUGCUCUUCUGCUUCGGCUUCGCGGCGCUCUGUGCCGUGCUCACCCUGCUGCUGCUGGACUCCGCCAUGUUUGUGGAGGCGCUGGGCUCCCUGGCCGUGAUGUUUGAGGCGAUGCUCGCCGUGCCACAGCUGCUGCAGAACCUGCAGAACCGCUCCACCAGGGGAAUGAGUGUGAAGAUGGUUCUGCUCUGGACGGCGGGCGACGCCUUCAAGACGGCGUACUUCGUGAUGAACGAAAGCCCGGCCCAGUUCUGGGUGUGCGGUUCGGUCCAGAUCCUGCUGGACGCCGCCAUCCUGCUGCAGGUUCUGCUGUACGGCCGGGCCGGCCGGGCCAAGCUGGGCUGAGCCGGGAAACCAGGAGCCGCUGGUCCAAAACCAGGUCACAUUUUAGAAGCUUGAAAACCAAAGAAAAUGUUUUUAGUGGUGAAACCAAAAACACAAAACCUCCUCAAACAAACUACAGAUCUGCAUUAUUCACUUUUUCUACUAUUUAUUGGAACUUCGAGGAUUAAAGGAAACCUGGAGGGGAACGUCCAGCAGACGUCCAGCAGGAACCAGUGGGACCAGUGGAACCACUGGUUCCUUAGAGGAACCAGAGCGUGGUCCAAACGUCUGACUGAUGCGUCAUCUGGACGGUUCUUGUAGCAUGUUGAUGGUUCUGUUUGCUGUUUGGGUCGGGUGAAGGUUCGUUCGUCUGCGGCUCAAAGUUCAGAGAAUAAUUCAGGGUUUUUAUAACAAUCGCUGAAUAUUUAACAUUAUUUUUAGGUCCAGGAUUUCUAUUUUUAUAAUAAAUUUAAACGUUCUUUAAUCUUUGUGGCAUUGAUCUUUUUCUGUUUUAAUAUUUCAUAAUUUUUACAGCUUGAAAGAGAAUUUGGACAAAGUUUAAAGGAGCCAGUCCAGCUGAGUUUAAACUGAGACAACAGGGUUAGGAGCGUUUUUUCCAAAAUAAACAAAA